AUAUAAACACCUUCUUCCCCCCCACUCCCACUCCCACUCCCUUAACAAACCCCCAUCAUCACUGAAAACGGUUUGCUUGCUAAAUAUUUGUGAAAUUAUUUGAAUUUGGUUGAUACCUUCCCAUUUGUGAAUCAUCCGUUUUCUGGGGUUGGAUCAAAUUAUCAAUAGUCUCUUGUUGGAUGUUCCCUUAUUAUUCAUGUACUUUUGAAAAUUGUAUUUAGUCUUUGACUCUUGGGUCAUAUCUAUACUCAAAUUUUACUUUGGUAAUAUUUUUUUUUUUUUUUUUUUGGGUGGUAGUAAAGGGUGAUACAACAGAUGUAACAUCCAAUCAAGAUUGCUUGUAAAAUUUAUGGUAUUUGGAAUGAUAGCAAUACAUAUUUAAAUCUGUGGCUUUGACUUUUCUGUACUAUACAUCAAUUAUGAAUUAUGACUCAUGACAUCAGUUCUUACUUGGAGACUUCUAUCACAAACCUCAAUGUUCUGAAUGAUUUCUGGUGUUGGUGCAACGAUACUUUAGCUUUUAGCAAUAUCUGCCACUUCCUAAGGAGUGAUAAGAAAAUGCAGUUUUAUCAUCAUCCGUUUGAUUUGGACAGCCAGAAAGUGAGACUUGCGUUGGAAGAGAAAGGCAUUGAUUAUACAUCUUACCAUGUCAAUCCCAUCACUGGCAAGAACUUGGAUUCCUCAUUCUUCAAGACCAAUCCCAGUGGAAGACUUCCUAUUUUCCAAAAUGGCUCUCACAUCAUUUACGAUACUAUUGAUAUAAUCCAGUACAUAGAAAGAAUUGCUGUGAUAUCCUCAGGUUCUGAGAGUAUCAGCAUCAGUAGCAGGGAAGUGAUUGAAUGGAUGCAGAAGAUACAAGAAUGGGAUCCUAAGUUUUUUACCCUUUUCCAUAUACCAGAGAAAUACCUGAUUUAUGUUUCCAAGUUCAUAAGGAGGGUGGUGAUUGCCCGAAUGUCUGAGUCUCCUGAGUUAGCAAGUGCUUACCAUGAGAAGUUAAGAGAAGCCUAUCAGACAGCAGAAAAAUUGAAAGACUUAGAUGUUUUGAGAAGGAGCAAGGAGCAUUUGGUUAGACUUCUUGAUGAAGCAGAGAUGCAGCUGAGUAAAACACGUUAUUUAGCAGGUCAAGAGUUCACCAUGGCUGAUGUGACGCUCAUUCCAGUACUGGCUCGUUUAGUACUAUUGGAUUUGGAGAAUGAGUACAUAACUUGCAGACCAAACAUUGCUGAGUAUUGGGUUUGGGUUCAGCAGAGGCCUAGUUAUAGAAAGGUGAUUGGUAAGUAUUUUGAUGGUUGGAGAAAGCACAAAACAUUAUUAAAAUCUUGGUACAUUGUUCGUAUUAGAAGUUUGCUGAAGAGGUACUAGUCAAAUACAUAUAUAAUAUAGGACUCAUGGUUGCCAAAAGGAGGUUGAAUAAGUGACUAUAUGAAAGAGCUUUUUGCAUGUGUUGUAGAUAAGGAGGAUCUAUAAUAAACCUUGGUCUUUGUUUUUAUUUUCCCUUUUCGUUUUCAACAUGUUUUUUUGCCUGAGAUAGAAGGGGGAAUCUUUUUUUCCUUUCUCCCUUACUGAAUGGUGAUACUAGAAACUGAGUUUGGAUUUGUUCCAGGAUGAGAUGGGAGUGAAAUUGAGUGAUGCAUGUUAUUGGAUAGUAUCCAAAAAAAACUUUGGACGCAGUACUAGAACAAUUCAUGGUUUCCAUCUUCCUUCAUUAGUUAAAAGACAAUAAGAGGCAAAUUUGUGUUUCUUUGAAUCAGUUAACUAUUUCUGUGCAAUGUUCUGUCUACUGAUAUUGGAACAAUGCCUUCGUGUGAGGGCCUUGUUAUGUGUACACUAAUUUUGUUAUCUGUAAAUGUAAUUACAGCAAUAAAGUACUUAUUUUCAAUACUAGAUUUCUGCCUCCUAAACAGACCCCUCUGGUGUUAUGCAUUUUCUACUUGCUUUGUUGUACGA